AUGCCGUACAACUGCUGCCUGCCCGCCCUGAGCUGCCGCACCAGCUGCUCCUCUCGGCCCUGUAUACCCAACAGCUGCCACAGCUGCACCCUGCCCGGGGCCUGCAACAUCCCUGCCAAUAUUGGCAACUGCAAUUGGUUCUGUGAGGGCUCCUUCAAUGGCAACGAGAAGGAGACCAUGCAGUUCCUGAAUGACCGCCUGGCCAGCUACCUGGAGAAGGUGAGGCAGCUGGAGAGAGAGAAUGCAGAGCUGGAAAGUCGGAUCCAGGAGAGGAACCAGCAGCAGGACCCCCUGGUGUGCCCCGCCUACCAGGCCUACUUCAGGACCAUUGAGGAGCUGCAGCAGAAGAUCCUGUGCAGCAAAUCUGAGAACGCCAGGUUGGUGGUGCAGAUCGAUAACGCCAAGCUGGCUGCCGAUGACUUCAGAACUAAGUAUGAGACAGAGCUGUCCCUGCGGCAGCUGGUGGAGUCGGACAUCAAUGGCCUGCGCAGAAUCCUGGACGAGCUGACCCUCUGCAAGUCUGACCUGGAGGCGCAGGUGGAGUCCCUGAAGGAGGAGCUGCUGUGUCUCAAGAGGAACCACGAGGAGGAAGUCAACACCCUGCGCUGCCAGCUUGGAGACCGCCUCAAUGUGGAGGUGGACGCUGCUCCCACUGUGGACCUGAACCGUGUGCUCAAUGAGACCAGGUGUCAGUACGAGGCCCUGGUGGAAACCAACCGCAGAGAAGUGGAGGAAUGGUUCACUACACAGACCGAGGAGCUGAACAAACAGGUGGUGUCCAGCUCAGAGCAGCUGCAGUCCUGCCAGGCAGAGAUCAUCGAGCUGAGACGCACAGUCAACGCCCUGGAGAUCGAGCUGCAGGCCCAGCACAACCUGAGAAACUCUCUGGAAAACACACUGACAGAGAGCGAGGCUCGCUACAGCUCCCAGCUGUCCCAGGUGCAGUGCCUGAUCACCAACGUGGAGUCCCAGCUUGGUGAGAUCCGGGCUGACCUUGAGCGUCAGAACCAGGAGUACCAGGUGCUGCUGGACAUCCGGGCCCGGCUGGAGUGUGAGAUCAACACGUACAGGGGCCUGCUGGAGAGCGAGGACUGCAAGCUACCCUGCAAUCCCUGUGCCACAACCAAUGCAUGCGGCAAGCCCAUCGGGCCCUGUGUCUCCAAUCCCUGCACUCCGUGCCCACCCCCUGCCCCUUGCACACCGUGUGUCCCACGUCCCCGCUGUGGGCCAUGCAACUCCUUUGUACGCUAG